AUGCGCUCCUCUGUGGUUAUCGAGGGCACUGCCAUCAUCAUUGGCGCUGUCGCGGCCAUUCAGACUCAUCAUGCGGUCUUCGUUCAUGGUGAUCAGCCCACCUCGGCUCCGAUCAUCGAGCUCACGACUAUUGACGAGGGCCCUGGCUUGGGCCACCCGACUGGAACCAACCUCCCGGUCUCUGUCCACACCAGCAGCAUCUGCCGCGCUAUCACUACCCAGACUUGCGAUGUUAUCGAGGUCACCCUCUCGGCUUCGCAGCCUGUCGACACUGCCACUCUUGGCAAGACUUCCUCCUUCUCGAAGUCUCCUGGCACUUCUUCCACCAAGGAGUCGACUCACAUUGAGUCCAAGACUGCCUCUACUAGCAAUGGCAAGGAGACCUCCUCCAUGGUCACCGCCACCCAGACUGGAGUUACUCCCAGCGCCACCUCUGGCGCUUCCAAGGCCGAGGUUGCCCUUGUCUGCUUCAUCGCUGGCUUCAUCUUCGUCUACCUUCUCUAG